AUGCCUUCCAAGGCCGCGGUCGUCAAAGAUGUCGACCUCAGUCAGAUCUACUCCGAAAGUGUGGCAGCAAAGAUCGUUCAAGUCGCGCAACGCGGUCUCAAGCAAAAAGCUCCUUUACAAUCAUACCCACACACUGUACCCCAGAUUGGCCCAGACGCCGGCCGAUACGAAGAGCGAGAAGCAGAUUUCUGGACAUGCGGCUUCUUUCCAGGAUGCAUAUACGCGCUUCUCGAACGUUCGAUACGAUAUCCCCAGGCCAUUGAUGUCCCAGAGAAUGUACGGCCACAGAUCCAAGAUCAGCUACUGAAGCUAGGACGACACUAUGGCGUCGCUAUCAACCAAAUGUCUGGUCGAACAGAUACACACGACAUGGGGUUCAUCGUGCAGCCCGCAUUACAAAAAGACUGGGAAUUGACCGGCAACAAAGAGAGCUUACAGUCUGUCGUCAACGCAGCAUACGCGCUCGCAUCGCGAUACGACGACCGAGUCAAAGCGAUUCGGAGUUGGGACGUUGCGAUAAACGACCGUUACUCAAUAACGGAUAUGUCGACAAACUUUCUCGUCAUUAUAGAUAGCAUGUGCAAUCUCGACCUCCUCUACUUCGUCGGCCACAUCCAAAACGACCAAAAGCUGAUCGACAUUGCAACCCAACACGCCGACUCCAUCAUCCACGAGAUCCUUCGACCAGACUUCUCCUCCUACCACCUCGUAAACUUCGACCCGCGGACCGGCCAACCACAAGCCAAGAUGACGAAUCAAGGCUGGAAAGACGAUUCGACGUGGAGCCGAGGCCAGGCCUGGGCAAUAAUGGGGUUCGCGCAGACGUAUUCGUGGACGAAAGAUGUAAAAUACCUGGCGACGGCGAUCCAAUGCGCAGAGUACUUCUUGCGACGGUUGAAAGAAGGAGAAGGGAAGUGGCAUCUCCCCAUGGUCCCGUGUUGGGAUUUCGACGCGCCACAAGAUAAUCCCGAGGAACCGUUACGCGAUGUUUCCGCAGGCGUGAUAACAGCGAACGGUCUUCUUAUCAUCCACCAAGCACUCCAGUCCCUCUCUUCAGCCACGACAUCGCAACUCCCCUCCAGUGGCGCCACCAAUUUCCUCGAUAUCGCGCUGCAGAUAGUAUCGCAGACCCUGGAUAUGUCGUUCGACUCUGAUCUAGCGUCUUUCGGAGCACCCACUAAGACUAUGGUGAACGGAAACAGCGUUAACGGCGCAGCGGUAACAUCGGAGAUAAAGAUCAACGAGACGGGCUUUGAUUAUAUUAGGGAUGUUGGAGAUAAGAGCACGGAAUUGUAA